GUUCACGACACCCUCGUUGGGGACAGAGAGUGGCUCUCUCUAGGUACACCAGCUCACAAGCGCUUUGUCAGCAUUACCAUGCAAAAAGUGCUUCUGAGGGACUUGGAGCACGUGUCACCUGCAGGCCACACGUACAACCUCGAGUCCUACCAUAGUAUGCUCAUCAGGUUUGCACCCAAGUCUGUGGCGUUCACAGGCCCCAUCAUGCAUGCAAGAACCAGAUUGGCUGCUCUGCACCACAACGAAAACUCCGGAAGGGUCCAAGCGGUGACGCGCAAAGGGCAGCCGAAAUUCAAGCGAAGGAUGCAGAGAGGGAAGAUGGGGACCGAUCGUCUCAAGGAAGUGAAAACCCCUCCAACCUACGCGUACGUGGGCCAGCUGCUGUCUGAGGCUGCUGCCUGCUGCAACGAGUCUUCCCUCAGGGAAGCCUUGGGUAACAGACCCCGGGAUCGGGCCCCCCUCCCCAUGGCAGCUCACUACCCGAGGCUCCCAAAGGAGCAGCUGGUGGAACAGAGGAUGUCACGUUACAGCAGAGGGACAGCAGGGUCUUCAUGAGGACGCAUCCUCAGAUGAGCUGAAGGCCGUCAAGAAGGCUGGCAAGGCACAGAAGAAUGUGUGCACCACUGACAAGCAGCAGCACAGGAGGAAGUAGUCUCGGCAUCUACACCUAAAAGGUGCUUGAGCUGUUCCACCCAGACACCGACGCGUCAAGCGGGGCCAU